AUGAGCUCCGUCUUCCGAUCGUUAUACGUCUUCUUCAUUAUGUUUCUGUUCCUCGUUUCUUCUACUCUCGGCAAGUAUCAAGCAGAUGAUCCAAUUACUCUAUGGGUAAACAAGGUUGGUCCGUAUAACAACCCACAAGAGACCUACAACUACUACAGCCUUCCAUUUUGUCACCCACCUGGCAAUGCUGCUCACAAGUGGGGAGGCCUUGGCGAGGUUCUCGGAGGAAAUGAACUUAUUGAUAGCCAAAUUGAUAUAAAGUUUAAGAGAAAUGCGGAAUCGACUACAAUUUGUCAGCUUCAACUAGAUGCCACUAAGGUUAAACAGUUUAUGGAUGCAAUUGACAAUUCAUACUGGUUUGAAUUUUUUAUGGAUGAUUUGCCACUCUGGGGUUUUGUUGGGGAGGUGCUUCCUGAUAGAAAUCGCGACACAAAGCACGUGCUUUGGACACAUAAAAAUCUUGUAAUUGAAUACAACAAGAACCAGAUUAUUCAUGUAAAUCUCACUCAGGAAAACCCGAAGCCAAUUGAAGAGGGGAGAGUGUUGCGCAUGACUUAUUCUGUCAAAUGGAUUCCAACAAACAUCACUUUUGCACGUCGUUUUGAUGUUUACCUGGACUACCCCUUUUUUGAGCACCAGAUUCACUGGUUCUCAGUUUUUAAUUCUUUCAUGAUGGUGAUCUUUCUUACUGGUUUGGUUUCAAUGAUACUAAUGCGCACCCUCCGGAAUGACUAUGCUAAAUAUACUCGGGAAGAUGAUGAUCUGGAGACAAUGGAAAGGGAUGUGAAUGAAGAAUCUGGUUGGAAACUUGUCCAUGGUGAUGUGUUUCGGCCUCCCGUAAAUCUGUCUCUACUUUCAGCUAUUGUUGGCACUGGCGCUCAGCUUGCAACUCUUGUUCUGCUCGUCAUCAUUUUAGCAAUUAAUGGAAUGCUGUAUAUAGGGAGAGGAGCAAUUGUCACAACCUUCAUUGUAUGUUAUGCUCUUACAUCUUUCAUUGCUGGUUAUGUUAGCGGUGGCAUGUAUUCCCGCAAUGGGGGUAAAAACUGGAUAAAAUCGAUGAUCCUCACGGCAUCACUUUUCCCUUUAGUGUGCUUUCUUAUUGGGUUCAUCUUAAACACAGUCGCCAUAUUUUAUGGCUCUCUAGCUGCUAUUCCCUUCGGUACAAUCGUUGUUGUUCUUGUCAUAUGGGCUUUCAUUUCUUUACCCUUGGCACUUCUUGGUACUGUUGUUGGAAGAAAUUGGAGCGGCACUCCAGACAAUCCUUGUCGUGUGAAGACAAUUCCUCGUCCAAUCCCUGAGAAGAAGUGGUAUCUCACACCAACUGUUAUCUCUCUCAUGGGAGGUUUGCUUCCUUUUGGAAGCAUUUUUAUUGAAAUGUAUUUCGUGUUCACUUCCUUUUGGAAUUACAAGGUAUACUAUGUAUAUGGCUUCAUGCUACUUGUGGUUGUAAUUUUGAUCAUCGUCACCGUUUGCGUGACGAUUGUGGGGACAUAUUUCUUGCUGAACGCCGAGAAUUAUCAUUGGCAAUGGACUUCAUUCUUAUCUGCUGCUUCCACUGCGCUUUACGUAUUCUUCUAUUCUAUAUAUUACUAUCACGUGAAGACCAAGAUGUCGGGCUUCUUCCAGACCAGUUUUUAUUUUGGCUACACUUUGAUGCUCUGUUUUGGUCUCGGGAUAUUAUGUGGCGCUAUUGGCUAUCUCGGCUCCAAUUUGUUCGUUAGGAGGAUUUACAGAAACAUCAAAUGUGAUUAA